AUGUCCGAACAUACAUCGACACCAGAACCUUCAAAAGAAGAAAUACUCUCGUCCCUGCGACUACGCCGUAUCGUCCGUGAGAACCAUGGGAAAGCUAUCAAUCAUUGUGCUUUCUUUACGGAGAGGGCGCAGAAGGGUGGGAUAAGGGCGGGGAAUGUUUUGGUUACUGUUGGGGGAGACCAGGUAAACUUCUACGACAACGCACACUGCGGCGACCAUCUGGACAUCAUGUCCCACUUCGUCGUUGGCGGCGGUGUGUACUUCCCCGAUGCACCACAGCCGGAAUCCGGCGAACCCCCCGAACUCCUAACCUCAACCUUCCUCCCGCACCCAACCGACGCCCUCCUCGCCGCAGCCGGCACCGACGCGACCAUCCACAUCAUCAGCCUCACGCGUUCGCAGGAGAUUGCCCAACUCACCGGUCACACCGCGACCAUCACCCAUCUCGAAACCCACCCGACCGAUGACGAGCUGCUGCUCUCGGUGGGCGAGGACGGGACGGUGCGGAUGUGGCAUGUGGGCGCGCGGAGGGAGGUCGCGAGGUGGAGUGUGAAGGCGCGGUGUGCGACGUUCCACCCGAACGGCCUCUCCUUCAUAACCGCCUCCCCCCGCGGCGUCAUCCGCGACUGGGAGAUCCCGGACGCCCUCCUCGACCUGUCCGCAGACGACGCCGCGGUGUACCCGCACGAGACGGUCGAGACCGGGUUGCCGGUUGCGCAGGUCGUGGAGACGUUUCAUGGGGGGUGUUGUAUAGACGAUAUACGAUACGUGGACUCCCGCGUGUUGUCGAAGGGCGUUAACGGGAAGGUGGCGUUCUGGGACCCGCUAGCGGAAGAGAUCAUCCACAUCUUCCAAGUCAAAGGGAGCACCGGACACAACACAUGUCGGUUAGGCAUCAGCACGGACGGGACCCACUUCUGCGUCGGCACGCCCGCCGGCUCCGUCGCGGUCUACAGCCUCGCCGCCGGGACACUGGUCAGCGUGCUCGCGCACCCGCGCUCGAAUAAGGCGGUCAGGGCUUGUGCGUUUGUCGAGGGGGAUCGGUGA